AUGGGUACAACUGCCAGUGCCAGCCAGCAACGUGUGCCAACCGCUGCCCAGCCAAACUCUACCAUUCACAAACCGUCUGCAGCUGCCAACCAGUCUGAGGAUAUCAGUACUACUGCGGGCAAAGCAAAAUCCAUCAUCACCAACAACGUAUCACCUGUUGUGAUCACGUACAAUUUGAAGGAAGAAUUUCAAAUUCAUGAUGAUUUUCUUAAGGCCCAUUACAUUACUGGCAGGAUAAAUGACAAGUUGCCUGAGCACUUCCUUGUGCAGGGGAAGUACUUCAUGGUGAAAGAUCUGAAUAACACAGCUGAUGUCCUCCUUACUCUCAGUAAUUGUGGGGCACCAAACUUUCGACAGUCUCAGGGUGAUUAUCCAGUGUACGGAAUGGGACAACCAACUGUGAAUGGCUUCUGCCAAGUUUUACACACGCUGAAGGAGGCAGGAUACCAGGAAAUCAUUUGCUUCAAUGUGCGAGAGGAUCCUGUACUUUUUCUUCCUCAAGAGGAUGAUUUUAUUCCUUAUACUCCACGUGAUCGAAAUCAUUUGCAGGAAAAUCUCUACUAUCUGUGUCCAAGAAAUCAAGUGGAAAAAUUGGAAUUAACAAUUAAAAGGGAGUUAAUGGAUUUUGCCAUUCUGCAAAACAAAACCUGCUUUGUCUAUCAAGAUAUUGAACAAUUUGUUGAUGAGCCACACGUGUACAAGAUUCAGCAUGAAGAAGAUGUGCAUGUGUCGGAGGAAGUCUAUAGACCCCACGCCUUUACACAGACAUCCUUCAGAUACAAGCGAUUAGCCCUACCAAUUGAUGGCUCUCCAGAAGAAGCAGAUUUUGACACCUUCAUUAGCACGGUUAGGGAGAGCCCCAGUCUCACCUUCAGGGACAGUGUUAAACCACCUCCGGCCUUGGUGUUUAACUGUCAAAGUGGAGUUGGACGCACCAAUUUAGGAAUGACACUUGGUGCACUGAUAAUGGCUCAUAGAACAGCAUUUCCUCACUCAGAAAAGUGUGAGAAGAAUAAAGGUCCUUUUCAGAUUGUUCAAAACUACAUCAAUGCUUUUCCAAAUGGCAGCAGAAUCGUUACGCAGGUUAAUAGCAUCAUCAGCAUGUGUUCGCAAAUGCAUGACUUAAAGGAAUCUAUUUCCUUUUACAAAAAUAAACUUGAAGGCCUCGGAGAGAUGCAGAGAAACCAGGGACUGCAUCCUCGAAAACAAUGGAUCAAAAAUGCCUUUCGGAUCCUGGAGCGUUAUUUUUACCUUAUUGCAUUCAAUAGCUACCUUUAUGAACAGUAUCCACUGGCUUUCACAGUUAUGUUCAGCACUUGGAUGAGGCGAAACCCCUUCUUCUACAGACAAGUGUGUGAAAUUCCCAUCAGUGAGAUGAAACUACCCAUUAAACUUAUCAGCAAACAACUCUGUGUUCUGGUUGCUGAUGAUUACCUGGAUCUUGAUGAAAUGAGCUCCCAGAGACAGAUGAAAGUGUCAAACUUCAGAAAAGUUUCCAAAAUGCCAGUGUGUGGAAUAGCCCAGCCCAGCACAGAGGGACUGGCGCAGUUACUGUCCUACCUGACGGAUGAUAAGAGAAAGUUUACCAGUGUGUUGUGUGUGAACCUGCGAGAGGAAGCUGUGCUGGCAGCAGAUGAACAAAUGUACUCACUCAGGGAUGUUGCCAACCUCCAGCAGGAGACGAUCAUUCCUGCGGCAACUGUGGAACAGCUGGAGAAAAUUGAGAAUGCUGCAAAAAUGGAUAUCCUGACCUGUAAGACCACAAUUGAGGUGUGGCAAGAGGACAAAAAAGAGAUGAAGGUAUUCAGCUCAUGCCUAACACUCAAUGAUGUCUAUAAUCAAAUGGCUCUGCGAUAUUCCCAGCUUUAUUACCAGCGCAUUCCCGUUACAGACUGUGCAGCUCCCACGGAAGAGGACUUUGACUCCUUUCUGAAGCUAGUGAGUUCAACUUUAACCACAGAUAGCAAUUCAGCUAUUGUCCUAAACUGUCAUGAUGGCAAAGAAAGAACCACGGUUGCCAUGGUCAUCUGUGUGCUGAUAACUUGGCAUAUAAAGGGCUUUCCAGAAGCACUGGAGGAGGAGUUGAUUAGUGUUCCCGAUGCCAAGUACACAAAGGGAGAGUUUGAGGCCAUUCUUCAGCUGGUCCGUAUUCUUCCCAAUGGGAAUGAGAUGAAGAAAGAAGUGGACAGAGCCCUAGAUGCUGUGAGCGACUCAAUGACACCCAUGAUGCACCAUCUCAGAGAGCUCAUCAUCAAUAUUUACAGAAAGUCAAAAUCAGCGAAGAACCAAGAUGAUGGUGCACGCUUACACCUACGCAGUCUGCAGUAUCUUGAACGAUAUUUUUACCUAAUUCUCUUCAACGCCUAUUUGCACCUGGAGAAGCAAGGAGGAUGGCAAAGAUCCUUCAAAGUUUGGAUCACUGAGGUAGCUGCCCCAGCAGGUGUGUUUGAAAUUUUGGACAAGUUGGGAUUCUCUGAGUUCGAGGACCCAGAAGAUACCCCAAUGUGCAGAAUGCGCUACAGAUGGCAACAGCAACACGGACAGAAAAUUCCCUGUUGGGGGAAAUUAUUUUCAUACACUGAAUAA